AUCCUUCAGCCUCUUCUCAGUUGCUAUGGAUACAGAGGCAGUUGCUCGGUGCUCGUUUACACAUGCCUGACUCCUGGCUGGCUGGAGCGCUCCGGGUGUGACUAGUUCUGGCUGCGGAAGCGCUCGCCUGCAGUGCGUACUAUCGGUUCUCGAUGAGGAAGCGCUCGGUACUGGAUUGCUCUGGGCUGGCUGAUCCGGUGUUGGCGCCAGCUCCUGUCUAGGACGCUCUCUAUUCCGGGUGACCGGUGGACGAGAUGGCGGGGAGCAGCGACUUGUGCUGGUGCCUGAAGAGGCUCGGGGAGAGUCAGGACCGGCUACUGCUGCCGGAGGGAGAGGAGGUCACGGUGGGAAGAGGGCUUGGAGUUACCUACCAGCUGGUCUCUAAAGAAUGUCCCCUUAUGAUUUCCCGCACACAUUGCAUAUUCAGGCAGAACACCGCAGGCCAGUGGACGGUCACUGACAACAAUAGCUUGAAUGGAGCUUGGCUGAACAAGGAGAAGAUGGAGCCUCAGAAGACAUACAUCCUGACUAAGGGAAGCUGCAUCCAGCUGGGCGUACCCCCGCCAAACAUGGACAUGGCAGAGUUUGAGUAUCAGCUGGUUCAGGAGAGUCUGGAACAAAUCAAGAGAUUCCUGAUUCGCCCGCUACCGGGAAAGUCCAAACCACCUAGAACCAAAAGGAAACACAACUGUGAUGAUUCUGAGGCCUCUGGAACAGAGGGUACCUCCAACAGUGGUAAAGCAAAGGUCCACCGCUCCUUAAGGGAUGGAGAUGAAGCAGCUAAAUCGUACAAAACAGAGUUGUCCAAACAGCCCACUGUGAAAGUGGUUGUGGCGGAACCUGGACUAGAAGGCUCUAUGGAGGAAGUGACAGCUACUCAGCUGCAGUGUCCCAUCCCUUUACAGUUGUCCAUUCUGCGGCAGUCAAUAGCAGAGGUCAGAAGUCUUAAUGCACAACUCCAGGAGAUACAGGAGGCCAUGGGAGAUAAGCAAAAGAGUGGAUUAAAUGGCAGCAAAUAUCUGCAGGAACUUAAUAGUCGUUUCAGUGAGCUUGAUGUUAAGCGUGAAGAUGUUCUCCAGAGUGUGAAUGAACUGAAGAAGCUUCUCCAGGAGGAAGAACAGAAGAAGGAGGAUGAAUCCUUACUGGCAGAAGAUACAGGUCUUAAGGAACAGCUGGCACAAACUUUUCAGGAGUACUCUUUGCUCAUGGAUGAGAUGAUUCAAGCAAAGAAUAAAGAACUACAGGAAACACAGAAAGUGGAGGCCCAGAGACAGGAGGUCUUCAAUCACAUGAAUGAUGUCCUGGAUAACGAGCUGCAGUGCAUCAUCUGCUCGGAACAUUUUAUAGAGGCUGUCACCCUGAACUGCGCUCACAGCUUCUGCUCCUUCUGCAUCCAGUCGUGGCGGAAGAGGAAGGACGAGUGUCCCAUCUGCCGGCAGGAAAUUAAGUCUCAGACGCGCUCCCUCGUCCUGGAUAACUGCAUCGACCGCAUGGUGGACAAGCUGAGCCCAGAAAUGAAGGACCGAAGGAUGGCCCUGAUACUAGAGCGUAAAGAUCUGGCAGAGGAAGUAAUCCCCAUCCUGACCGACAGUGACAGCAGCUCUCUCCCCUCCGACACAUCUCUGCUUUCCAGCAGCGGGGACAGCGACGGGCUGGGCAGUGACACGGAGCUUGAUGAAAUCUCUUACGGCGAAGAUCAGCUGGACAUGGAUUCUGAGGAUGACGAAGACGAUGAUUACGAUCUUUUACUUAUCAUGUAGUUCAUCUCUCCUUGCUAGCGUUACAGACUUGGUUCUUCCUCGGGAAUGAAAGAGGUCAAAGUGCAGCUGAAUAAAACCCUAGCGGCUGUUCGCAGAACCUAAA